CUCUGGUGAGGAUGGGAGCGAGCUGAGGUCUGAAAUCCGAGAUCCCUCGCAGCCUGGAGCUGGUGAGGUCCCAGUAAAAGCUGUUUGCCUGCUUUCCCUUCCCGAGCAGUCACACCGCUGCACUGGCCUGGGCAGUAUGGAGCGAGCCCCCUGGACACAUGUAGGACUCACUCUCCUCCAGCUCCUGCUCAUCUCCUGCUUGCCAAGAGAGUACACGGUGAUCAAUGAAAACUGCCCGGGUGCCGAGUGGAAUAUCAUGUGUCGGGAGUGCUGUGAAUACGACCAAAUUGAGUGCAUCUGCCCAGGACAGAAAGAAAGAGUGGGCUACACCAUUCCCUGCUGCAGGAACGAGGAGAAUGAGUGUGACUCCUGCUUAAUCCACCCAGGCUGCACCAUUUUUGAGAACUGCAAGUCCUGCCGUAAUGGUUCCUGGGGAGGGACACUUGACGAUUUCUACAUCAAGGGGAUCUACUGUGCAGAGUGCAGAGCUGGCUGGUACGGAGGGGACUGCAUGAGGUGUGGGCAGGUUCUUCGGUCUUCUAGAGGUCAGAUUUUGCUGGAGGGUUACCCACUGAAUGCACGAUGCGAAUGGACUAUUCAUGUUCAAGCUGGAUUUAACAUUGAAUUAAGAUUUUCCAUGCUGAGCCUGGAGUUUGACUACGUGUGCCAGUAUGACUAUGUGGAGGUCCGUGAUGGGGACAAUUUGGAUAGCCGAAUAAUUAAGAAAUUCUGUGGAAAUGAGAGGCCAGCUCCCAUCCGAAGCACUGGGUCUUCACUCCAUGUCCUCUUCCAGUCUGAUGGAUCCAAGAACUUUGAUGGAUUUCAUGCUGUCUUUGAAGAAAUUACAGCUGCAGAAAAUCUGAGGUCCUCAGAACAGAUUGCACAGGGCUUGCUAGAGCAAUUCCCUGUGCUGCAGGUUUACAAAGGUCUGUAA